AGGUUUCGUAACUUUGACAAGCCAUGCACAUCGAGAACGAGCUGAAGCUUGACUUCAAGGAUGUGCUCAUCCGCCCGAAGCGCUCGACCCUUCGCUCCAGGUCUGAGGUCUCGCUUGAUCGCAAGUACACGUUCAGAAACAGCAAGCAGACAUGGGAAGGAGUUCCUAUCAUUGCCGCCAACAUGGACACGACUGGAACCUUUGAGAUGGCGAAGGUCAUGGCAAAGCACAGGACCAUCGUGGCCAUGAGCAAGCAUUUCUCAGUGGAGGAGUGGGUAGAGUUUGCCAAGAACAACCCCGAGUGCAUGAACUUCGUUGCGGCAAGCAGCGGGGCAAGCGACAGCGACUAUGAGCGGCUCUGUGCUGUGCUCGCCGCCACCCCCAUCCGCAUGAUCUGCCUUGACGUCGCAAACGGAUACUCUGAGAUGUUUGUCGAGUAUGUCCGUAAGGUUCGGCAACAGUUUCCCAACCACAUCAUCCUCGCCGGGAAUGUCGUCACCGGGGAGAUGACAGAAGAGCUCAUUCUCAGUGGUGCUGACAUCGUCAAGGUUGGCAUCGGUCCCGGCUCUGUCUGCACUACCCGCAAGCAGACUGGCGUUGGAUAUCCCCAGCUCUCAGCUGUGAUCGAGUGUGCCGAUGCCGCGCAUGGUCUUGGUGGCCACAUCAUCUCCGACGGAGGGUGUGUCUGCCCUGGCGAUGUUGCCAAGGCUUUCGGAGGAGGAGCAGAUUUUGUGAUGCUCGGCGGAAUGCUUGCAGGGCACGACGAGUGUGCUGGGGAGCUGAUCGAGAAGAACGGAAAGAAGCGCAAAUUGUUCUACGGCAUGUCUUCUGAUACCGCCAUGAAGAAGUACGCAGGAGGAGUCGCGGAGUACAGGAGCUCGGAAGGAAAGACGGUGGAGGUUGAUUACAGGGGCCCUGUGGAAAAGACCAUCCUCGACCUCCUCGGGGGUCUGCGCUCGGCGUGUACCUAUGUGGGAGCCGCGUAUCUCAAGGAGAUGUCGAAGAGAACAACUUUUAUUCGCGUUACCCAACAGCUCAACCAAGUAUUCGCGGGCAUGGAGUCGAAAGAUUAGAGUUCUGAUAGUCUUGGAGAACUUGAUGUUUAUUUGCAAGUAAUGAAUUGCAAACUAAGCGUUAAUCUUCAACCUUUGAGCUCGUAUUUUACACUAAUCACAUCUAUUUCGACUUAUGUACAUUCAUGUGGUUCCUGUUCCCCGUGUCGAAAGCAUCUCUCUCAAACCAGUGUGUCGGGAUAGUGCAUCCUCUCACAUUCUUGUCCCCAGUCUCGCCAUCACGGCAGUUGCAGCAAAGAGGGCACCAGACCCACUGAUGCCUCGAAGAGCAAGCACAAGCAAGAUGUCCUCGCUUGUGCGACACCACGUUAAGCUUUCCACGGCAAGCCGCACCGGUCUGCUUGCUCAAGAAUUUGCAUACUGGGAGCAAAAUCUGCUGAGAACUCGCAUUGUUAUCUUUGUUGUCACUUCCAUCCAACGCUUUGUUCACAGACUUGACGGGGCUGGAAUCUUCCUUGACAGUCUUGGCUCUCUUGGAGGAAUCCUCUUUCAUCGGUGAGCUGUUCAACAACCCUCUCUUACUUCCGACAUCGAGAUUUCCGCCCUGCUGACUCGGGAACAGAAACUCUUCAACCUGCCUCCCAGACCGACGGUUCGACGGAUAAACUUGGUAAUCGACCACGUGACGAUCAACCGAGGGGGCCGUCCAUGGCGAUGAGAACUGAGGCGCACUGAGGGCACUCUGCAUCGCAAAAAAGUUUUUGCUCUGAGUUCCAAAGUCACACUGCUGCUGAAGGACGGGCUCGUGUUUGACGAAUCCAUAUGUUGGCUGCUGCUGCGCCAUAGUGCUCUGGAAGACCUUCUCUUCCAUUUUAGGAGGCAUGCAAGGGUAAGCUCGCAUAAAUUCUUUGGGCAUCAGGCUUGGGGUUCGAAAUUCCAUGAAUUCUUCUGGACGGGGGGCCCUUGUUGACGACAUUGCGGCUGCGACACUGCUCUGGUUCAAAAGCUUCAUUUGCUCCUCCUCAAUGUUUCGAGGAAGUUGCGCAAGAGUUGUGUUGACAGACGAGCCGCUUGAAGAACCCCAGCUCUCGAGAUCUAAAGGAAUCUCGAGGAGUUCUUUGCCUUCCUCGUCGAAGGUGAGAGAUUCAGGAAACAAAUCCUCAUCGCCGUUCUUGUUCUGACCAAUGGGCAUGUUGAAGAUAUCAUCGAACUGCUUCGCGUUCGGCAUUCGUGUUGCAUUGUUGUCAUCAGAUACUGCGUCGAAAAGACCAAACGAAUCAUCGCCGAAGGCAAGAUGAUUCUCCAACCAGAGAUCGACAGAUUCCACCAUGGGAUACAACUUCGACGACGUGAGUUCGUGCUUAGGGGGGAAGACGACGACGGAACACUUAUGCACAAGAUUCGAACUUUCCUAGAGGAGCUAGCUGUGCAAGGGUUCUAUCGACAAACUAUAUCAAAAUGCAGAUGUACACUGAGCGAGAUAGUAGCAAGGUCAAGGUUCAGAGAGCAACAGAGGGUGGUCACAGCAACGCGGGGUGAUGGGAGGGAGAACAGCGAAGGAGAAGCGGAUACGGGGAGGAAGAAGU